CCACUUUACAACAUUGGAAACGGAUCUUAGGAACACUGCUGUGUGACCUAUGUUCGUUCCGAUUCAUCCGAUCUCAACGAGAAACAUGAUCGAGUGUGGUGGAUACCGUGCGUAGUGCUCACCGAUCUCGCACAGUUGACGGUGAUUUUCCACGUCCCGAUACGGAGAAAAGGCCAGAACGAACGCAUCACGUUAACGUGUCACGACUGGUCGCGAUUGAUUGAUCUGCAACAUGCGGCCACGACGUUUUCAAAGUUCUCAAGAAUAGAAGUGCAUUAUCGUCAUCAUGUAGUGCGAUGACGUAUAGAUGUCAAGAUCAUACGAAGUACUUAUUUUUUUUUAGGCAUUAUCAUGGGCUCCAGAUUACGAGAAAAUGUUAAACAACUCUUUGAGUGCUUCUGCGAGGUAGCGGCACCGGUAGGGGAGAAGCCGCCUUGGAUACUUCAGAAAUAUCCAAAUUCCUUUUCGGACGAAGAAAUACUUAAAUCUGUCCCUAAAUUUGCAUACCCUUGCGAAGUUGAAAAUUUGUUGGUGCAACAUUUCUCCUUUGUACUCACUAGUAUAGAUUCAAAAUGGACCUUUGGAUUUUGCCGUCAUGAUCCAAAAACAGAUACGGCUCUAGUAGUCCUGAGUGCGCUACCAUGGCAUGAAACGUUUUAUAAGUUAUUAAAUCACAUUGCAUCCUUGACCAGCAAUGCCAGUGGAGAAGAUCUGUGGAAAUUUCUCGAAAAUCUAUAUACUUGCGGAGUGCCAAUUCCUGGAAACUCCAUAUCCAUCCCUUUGCCAAAUUCUACAGCGAAUUUCAUUUGUCAAAGUCCAAAACAAUUUCAACUUCCUAGUAUUCCAGAAAAUAGAAAUUUGACUGAAUAUUAUAGCGCCGUCGAUUCACACAAUAUGAUGAUAGUAUUUGCAUCCAUGUUGUAUGAACGUCGCAUCAUUUUCACCUCAAAACGUCUAUCGAGAUUAAGCGCAUGUGUACAAGCAUGCAAUGCAUUAAUUUAUCCAAUGAUUUGGCAGCACAUAUACAUCCCUGUUCUACCCCUGUCACUGAUAGAUUAUUUAUUAGCACCUAUGCCGUUUUUGAUUGGAGUGCCCACGGCAACGCUUCAGAAAGUGCGCAAGAGUGAUUUAGGGGAAGUUGUCAUUCUGGAUGCCGAUAACAAUACAAUCGAUUCACCGUUUCAAGAUCUAGAGUCCUUGCCUCAGGACGUAGUGACAAACUUGAAGAAAGCGUUACGUAAUAGACCCGCGCUUCUCGGUGACGGCGUGUCGAGGGCAUUUUUGCGCUCGUUAGUACAGUUAACAGCGGGUUACAGGGAGGCGUUAACCUUGCAGCAGGGUGAGCGUAUUACGUUUAAUCAAAACGCAUUUGUCGAGAGCAGGCCAUCUUCCAUGCAACCGUUUCUGCGGAAGAUGCUGGAGUUACAAAUCUUUCAACAGUUCAUAGAGGAAAGAUUGAACAUGCUCAAUUCAGGACUUGGUUUCUCGGACGAGUUCGAAAUGGAAGCCUGCAGCUACUCGGCCAAAUCGAGUAGUAAAUUCAUGCAACAGUACAGGGAGUGGACUUACACCAUGCGGAAGGAAAGCUCUGCGUUUUUCCGCAGCGUAAAAGAUAAGGCCAAUCCGGCGGUAAAGUACGCAGUUAAAUCAGUUAAGGACAAGGGGAAAGAUAUGAAAACGGCAUAUAAAGGACUAAAAUGGAAAGGUCGGUCUAAUAGAAGCGAGGCAAGUAUGAGAUUUCAUCAGCCACGAUCAGCUCCCAGCUCACCCACGUUGGAUAGAAGACCAAUAGGAUUCAACUCUCCACCGAAAUCUCCAAAUGGACUAUCGGCAACGACCAGCUACCGGAAAGAAUUGCGUUUGCGGAAUAGCAAUUUUGCUGAUACAAGCAGGAAACAAUACUCACCGUUAAGCCCCAGUUCUCCUGAGGAAUCCGAAUCUCCUCCGGAACGCAUAAACAUAGAUCUUAUGCAGGAACUUCGGGAUGUAAUAUUUCCCAAUACACCGCCUGUGGAUAGAACGUUGAAACCAGUACGCAGUUUAGACAGCUUGAGACCUGCAUGGAGUGGGCAUUUACGGCACGGCCCUCCACCUAGUAUUGUCAUUACAAAUCCAUGCGAAGCUUCCUCAACAAAGCCAAUUUUGUCCUCCUUCCGUCCCUUUCCCGCGGAUGAUUCGCUCAAACGAUCGAACACGACGCCUGACAAUACAAGCGCAGCGGCGAAGCCGUUUCCUUUCAAUUCGUUGACUGCAAAAUCAAGCAAAACCGUAAAAGAAGCGGACAAAACGUCGCUUCUGCCGGUGUCAUCCACGUCAUACGAUCAAACCGCUGACCCGGGUCGAUUUUUGCACGAAAUACAUGUACACGAUAACUUGAUGGAAACUGUCGCUAACUCGUUAUCGUGUACUCGUGAUAAGGAUAAUGCCAAGUCCGGGGAAAAGGUCUCUUCGAGAGACGACAAAUUCAAUUCCCAAGACAUUUUCACGAACACAGACCCGACCACAAGUAUAUGGGACAGCGAGCCCUUCGAUAAAACUUUCAAAACAUCAAACUUCCUUCACGAAGUGAACGAAAAUGAUCCUUUCGACACGAGUAAAGUAUUCAUGCCUACCUACUUGCAAACGCCGCUCUUCAAAUCCACGAUCCCCUCGAUACCCGUUCAAUUUCAUCAUCCGUUACCGCAUCCAUUCAAUACUACAUCCUGCUCUGCACAUGCUAAGGAUUCUCCCGAUGUGCCAGAUUUAAUACGAUUAGAUUCGACAAAUAGCAGUGACGAUUUCGAUCCACUGCUGUCUAAAUCCUCCGAAUUCACAAGCACAAGACAAAUGACGCAGUCGUUACAUUUACCCGAGAUGGGUGAAGGCCUCAGUAAUCCGUUAUACCCUUACUUUCAACCGUUGCACAAAAGCAAUGAUAAACCGAAGACCUCCGAUAACGCGGGCGAUAUGGAUUUAUUACAAGCAUACGGCAUAGAUUUUAAUAAAUUCAGUUUAGCUAAUGGUGACUCGUCUACAAAGAGUACCGCUACAGCUUGUAAUCGAAGUGUACCAGAUAACAGUAUUAAUAAUAUCGAUACGCUAGAUACAUUCAGUUUAACGCUGAAUGCACCUGCCAUUAAAUCGCAAAAUAAUUGGACUAAAUUCGAAUAAAUUUUAGUACGAAUUAUACAUAUCAUGGUUUGUAAAUACAUCAUUAGUAUUGUUUUGUUAUACAUUCGAAUGUCCGCAUUAACGCUUCCUUGUGAGAUCAUUUUAGAAAUCAGCCGAUAAUGGUCUUACCACGCGCACAGUCAUUUGCCAAAAAAAAAAAAAGAAGAAGAAAGGAAUGCUGUUUCGCACUGUAAACAGAGUAACUUUUCUACUCCCCCUGUACAUUUUUUAUAUUAAAGAUAAUAAUAUUUGUUAUGUACGUUUUUCUUCGUGGACACAGAUUGCAAUGUUUGUAUUUUUGUUGAUCGCUACAUAACGUCAGUAUACGUUUUACUGAGGACUUGUGUAGUGUGAAACCAUCAUGGGUUAUUGCAUAACUUUCAUUUGGCAACAGCAGUUUAAUGGGAGAGGGGAUUCGAGGAGACAAAUUUAAAAUAACAGGAGAUCCGGAUGUAGUGAAAUAUUUUAAUGCUGCUGGCAUACGAUUAAAAUCCAGCUCACGGAAGACAUACUGUAAUUAUAGAAAUAACAGUAAUGUAAUCGCGUAAUAUUGUCGCACUCUCUUACAAUCUCUAAGAUGUCAUUUAUAUAAUUUCACACUAUGAUCUUUACUUUAGCCUUGUCUGAAUCCUCAUCGAAAUGAUCAAUCGAGUACUACUUCAUAAAACAUUUGUAGAUACCAAAUAUCCCAUUUAGAAACGUGUAGUUAUCAAACUAUUAUGAAAGCGACUGCUGAUAGUGAAGGAAAGUAAAUUAAGUGAAACGAAUAUACCGUACAAUUUUAUAGUUUAGAUUAUUGUUAGAUGAGCGUGGCGUGGUAGACAGCGCACCGGUCUGCUAUGCUUAGAGGUCCCGGGUUCGAUUUUCAUGCACUCGUGACUCCUCUUCGGUAGUCUGGCAAACCACUAAGAAGAGUAUUCACGCCAUGGGAAACCUCUCUCCAAAAAUUUGCCGUUUGGAACCGGCGUUUUUAAACUGUAUAGGUCCCGUAUGCGUGUGUAUAAUCUGCGUGCGCACCACAUGCAUACGUGAGAGAGAGGCCCAGGUAGGCUCAGGCCCCUACAAGAAGGGGCUGUAACGCCAAUGGAGGAAGAUUAUUGUUAGAUAUUGAUUAUAUCAAUUUUAAUAACUGUUGCACAUUUAUCGGCAAUGCUUUAUAAUAAAUUAAUGCGAAAAGAUAA